AUGGUGGAAAGUAAAUGUAUAUCGGCUUAUUCAAUUAACUUUCGAGAGGACUGCGCCCCGAAGCUGGUGGUGUCAGGUAGGGGGGGCAGGCCCCUGCGCCGACUCCUGCUUCUGUCGUACGUGCCGUGCGGGUUCUGGCCCCGGCUGUGCGCCCGACUACUGGCUGACCAGCAACUCGCUGACGCUCCAUACACGCUAUACAAGUUGCCAGCCGAGAUGGAACUCGAUGAUACUUUAACCAAGGCGUUAGAACUGUCCUGGGGCUGGCGUCUUUGGAAGAGUGGCGCCCGAGUGUCCACUGGGGCUCUAACUAUGUUAUCCCUGAGGGAACUACCUCCCAGGAGGGACGCCCUGCUUCCAGGACCGGCUGACGAUGAACCCAUUGAUGACCUGUACCAUAAUAUUAAGUUCAGGGUACGACAGGAAGGUGCAUGGUGCGAGCUGGAUGUCCAGUCCUCGGCCUGCGUCGAGAUAUUAUUACCGGCACAGGUGUGUGUCAUUCGGAGGGAUGAUGGGUUGCCUAUCGCAGGGUAUCAGAGUAUCAGCUUGGAGCCGAGUCCGGAGGUCUUGGCGAAGGUGCUGGCCCUGGUUUCUGAUCACGUGGACCUGUUGCUGGAGGACUGGUAUCCCUCACUUGGCACUCGCUUCGUGCAUACGUCGGAGGGUCGGUGCCUGAUCACUCGCGUGGUGCCGUGUCCGGAGUGCCUGCAGCCCGCCCCGCCCUCACAUGAACACGAACAUCUCGCACAGGCAUUCAGACGCUUAGAGCUGGGUCCAGCGGAGCCACGUCGUCUCCGUCUGUCUGAGGAGUCAAGGGCUUCUGACGGAGACAGCGGCGUUGGGGCCGAAUCCAACGCGUCGUCCCGUUUAGGUUCAGUGGAGGGCGUGGUAGGGCAGGACCCCCCCCGAUACAGCGCGGCGACGGCGUGGACGGUGGAGCAGUGCAUCCUGGCGGCCUGCACCAACACCGCGCUGCACUGCCCCCUGCACAACGACACCGCGCUGCAACUCAGGCUCGUCGCGCCCGAUACUCUCUUACUAGACGUAGAGGAAACAAAGAGGGCCCGAUGGGAACAUAUCCAAAGGGGCGCGGUAGCCGGCCGGGGGGCCUUCGGUACCGUCCUAUCAGCCAUAUGGAAGGUCCCACCAGGCUCUCACGGCCCCACGGAGCCCGUACACGUGGCUCUGAAGGCUCUACAACCUGUCCCUCCUCCGGCGAGCAGCGAUACUGCAGCGCAUCAUGCUUAUAAGGCGGCUUUAUCCCGCUGGGAGCGUGAACCCACGGCGGCGGCGUGUCGCGCGUACUGCGGCCUGCGCCAGGAGCUGAGCAUCCUCAGCCAGCUUCGCCACCACCACGUGUUGCCACUGCUGGCAGUCUGCGCGGCCCCAUUAGCUCUAUUACUGGCGUUGGCACCAUGCGGAGCUCUGGACGGGGUGCUCCGUAGUUACCGGUCCUGCGGCGCGCGCUGCUCCCCCCGCCUGGCGCGGGCCCUCGCCCUCCAGGUGGCCAGGGCGCUGGAGUACCUUCACGCACGGAGAGUGGUCUAUAGGGACCUGAAGUCGGAAAAUGUUUUAGUUUGGAAGAUGCCUCGUCCCGGCGAAGAUGUCAAUGGCACUACGCUUAACGUACACGUCAAACUGGGAGAUUACGGUAUAAGUAGGCUGGCUCCCCCAUCGGGGACGAAAGGUUUCGGUGGAACUGAGGGCUUCAUGGCGCCCGAGAUCAUGCGGUACAAUGGAGAGGAAGAGUAUAAUGAGAAGGUGGACUGUUUCUCCUACGGUAUGUUGUUGUACGAAAUCGUGACUGUCCGACAGCCGUUUGAAGGUCACGAAGCUGUAAAGGAAGCCAUCUUGGAGGGGGCCAGACCCUCACUGUCUCCGAGGGACCUGGAGUACCCUUGCUGCAUGCUGGAGAGCAUGCGGCGAUGCUGGGCGGGCGCGCCGGCGCUGCGUCCGUCGGCGGCGGCGCUGGUCAGCGUGGCGGCCGCGCCCGAGUACAUAGCGCUGGCCGACGCCGCCGCCGCGCGACGGGCCCUCGCCGCCGCCGCCACGCCCAUACGGAACGUUAGCGAGGAAGGAGUCCCUGGGUGGGAGAUAUGGUACGGUGGGGGGGAGCCGGAGCGAGCUCACACUCUACUGAGCACCGCGACCUGCUUCACCCACCACCAUACCGUCAGGGUACCGCCAGAUAAAGCGGAACCUGUUAUGGUUACCGCUAUAUGUCGGGUCGGGAACAAGAUCUGGUUGGGAGACUCCGCUGGCAGGAUAACAGUAUAUUCUGCAGCAAGUUGUGCCCAAGAGUGGUCGGUGCGAGUCCAGGAGGCUGUGGGAGGAGCGCCCUCCCCCGUGGCCGCGUUACACCCACUACCUCAGCUACGGAGGGUCGCGUUAGCACUCGCUUGUGGAAGACUAUUUUUGGUAUCGUCACGUCGACCUGAAGCUGAGGGCAGCUUCGUUUUGACUGAACUUGGAACUGCAACUGAGCUCCUCUGCCUAACCGCUGUGCCAUCGCCGCAUGGAUGGGAGGUUUGGGCGGGAGGGGACGGCCUCUACUCCUACUCAGUGAAUGAGGGCGGAGUGUGCGCUGCGGACGUCCUCCCUGCCUCACCUCGAGUCACUCUCAUUGCUGCAUCCAAUGAUGAACCGUUUGUCGCCGUUUAUUGUGAUCCGGGUGUAUGCGUGUACCAAUGGUCUGUGCGUACGAAACAGCAGUGCGCGAGAUUGGACUGCAGUAAGCUGGUCCCCUGCUCCGAAUCCUUGCAGUCCAUAGCCCUGGAUGAACAUCUUAGUGAAGAUAAGUGCAGGGUAACAGCGCUAUGCGCUCUCCGCUGCGAACUCUACAUAGGUACAGCCUGGGGAUGCAUCAUAGUCGCUGACUCCACGACCCUGCGACCUCUAACCGUCUUCCGACCUUAUGAAGAAGAUGUAAAAUUGAUCAUACCCCUGCAUCCACAUAGAGAAGAGGAACCAGGUAUGAUAGCUACCUUCGGACACGGGUACCGGCCUUUACUGCAGCGAUACGCGCCUCAUAACUCAAACACAACGAAUACACACAAUGGUUACUACUGCCUCCUAUGGCGUACGCAGCAUUGGUUUCCAGAUUAAGCGACACAAGACUAUCCCUGGACUAAAUAUCAAAGCAAUGCUCUUAAAAAGGCAUCUACGGUAAGACGCGUGGACUGAAAAGACAGACAAACAAGAUUAUUUUAUGUACAUAU